CAUAAACAUACUCAUUUUCUACCGCGCGAAACGAGACCAAACAAGGAAAAAGUGUCCAAACUAAAGCGGUAGGAUCAUGCUUAGGAUCUGUGCGUAAAAGUCCCGUGGAGCGCGCAGAGGACCCAGAGGAACCUGCCCGGCACCGGCACAUUCUCUGAUGUGAGAGUGGCCCGGAGGGUCCAGUGGACAGGGACCAUGGCGCUUCUGUCCACGCUGCUGUGUGUUCUUGUGUCUGUGGUGACAGCUCAUGUGACCGGGGCCGCAGAGUGCGGAGCUGCGGAGGAGCUGAGGGGAAGAAGACGCACCGCCCUGACCGAGGAGGGCCCCUGUGAGCGCGCACACAGCAGCCCGGAUGACUGGGGGCUAGAAAACAGGAACCCCGUCAAAGUGGCCCCGUACAGCCUGGACCCCGGAGACCCAGCGCCUGCCUUCUCUGUGCCCACUCUGGAUGGCCGUCUUCAGUAUGAGCCAGGCAUGUUCCGGGAUUCCCUCAUCAUCCACGCCUUCACCAACAGGUCAGCCUUCCUGGAGACUAUGUGGAGCUCUGCUGAGGCCCUGGGAGCCCUGGUGCAUGGACUGCCUGAGAGCGCACACGUGCUCCUGCUAUCCCUGGAUGAGUCAGCUCCGUCUGAUGUGCUGUGGAUGAAGGAGCAGCUGUACCGCGCCGCCACGCACAGAGGGUCUAUUAUGAAUAAGGACACCCUGAGCCGGCUGCACUUCUGUCCACUGUCUGUGUUCUCUCUGGGGAACUGGAUCCCUGCAGUGCUGUACUCCUGGGGCUGCUCUGGACACAACUGUGGCCUCUCCCAGGCUGUCUUCACCUCCAGUGAUUGGAAAAUGCCUGUGAUUGUCAAAAGGCUGGAUGCUCGAUAUGAUUGGCUGAUGGAGCACUGGGGUCAGAGGUCAUAUUCACUGGUGGAUGCAGGUGACGGGUGUGCGCCCUCUCCAAGUGUGAAAGGUGCAGUGGCUUGGGUAUCAGAGGAGGGAUGCUCAUUCUUCACAAAGGUGCAGAACAUGGCCAAAUCCAAUGCAUCCGGUGUCCUUGUGUAUGCCGGAGCUGGCCAGCCGAUCCGGGACAUGACCUGUGAGGGGGCAGAGUGUGAGGCUGCUCCCCUGGAUGUGCCCGCUGCCAUGGUGCACCUGGAGCCCUCUGUGGCACAGGCUCUCCGCCUCGGACAGACAGUGAACGUGUCCUUUCAAACCACCCCCUCCCCAAACUUCUUCAUCAGUAUUGACCAGCAGGGGGCGCUGGCCGAGAUGGGCUGGUUCCUCUACCCAACUUUCAGUUUCAUUAACUGGCAGGCUCAGUGGUUUGAUUUCCGCACCAGUCUGCUGAGUAAACUACAGAAUCCAGCCACUGUCCUGUCUGUGUUUGAUAAGGUCCAAAUGCAGGGAAAGAGCGGAGCCCAGGCCACACUCCAACUGCCCUCAGGAGUGUGGGACAGGUUGGAGCUGGAUGUGUCCCUGUCCUGCCCCUCCAGCAGAGAUGCGUCCUGUCCUCAGUGGGACCACACGGUGCAGUUGUUUGUUUGCUGUGACCUCCUCAGUGAGAUGUGUGACCUGGAGCUGGGCCGCUGGAUCACAGCCUUCAGGAGGGGGACCGGCCACUGGCUCACAGACGUGUCUCCUCUCCUGCCUCUCCUGGACAGCUCCACCUGCUCCUUCACCAUGAAGACGGUGCCCUGGGCCAUGCCCUGGAUCCUGUCCCUUAACCUCCGCUUCAGUCAGACCAACAACACAACAGAAGGAACCCCACUUCCAUUUAAAAUUACUUCACUGUUCAAUGGUGGAACAUUUGACAAAGAUUAUAAUAAAAGAUACCAACCCUUUAAGUUCACCCUUCCAGUCUCGGCUAAAAAGGUGGAGCUGUACGCAGUGGUCACGGGACAUGGAAGUGACGAGAACGGCUGUGGGGAGUUCUGUGUCACGUCACGUCACUUCACCGUCAACUCCAACUACAACCACACACUCACAUUCAGCACUGCAGGCUCUCCUCUGGGCUGCACCCUGAAGGUCCCGGAGGGGGCUGUUCCCAACGAACACGGCACCUGGCUGUACGGCAGAGGAGGCUGGUGUGAUGGGCUGCAGGUCACCCCCUGGAGGGUGGACCUCACUAAGGAGGUGGACUGGACCGGCUCCUCUAACUCCCUCCUGUACCGUGGUCUGUUUGAGGGCAGAGACCCUAACCCCUCUGCUCAGCCUGGCUACAUUAUAAUGUCCUCUUUCCUCAUCUUCUACAAGUGAUUCCACUCUGUAAAUAUCUCUAAUCAAUGUGAAUCAAUGAAGAAUAAACACAUUUUGGGUUUUUUGCC